CCAUCCCCGGCACUCUGCCUAGUCACCAGGGACGUGGUGCUCCUCGCCUGCUCCAGCCAGCCCCCCGCGCCGGCUCUGGCGCUCUGCUCCGACCUCUCCCGGUGGUGCUCGCCUGCUCCGCCGGACUCUGCCACCCAGGACUUCCCGUGAACAAAUAGCAAGCUAGCUGGGAGACAGGCAUAUCAAAGGGCGAUGGAUCGAGGUUGGAUGAGUCAACCAAGAGCUAGUGCUGCUUACAAAGAUGGUGUCGAGCAAUUUCUGACUUUUGCAUUCCGUGAUGUUCCGGCCGGUGAUAGAAUUCUUUGUCCUUGUGUAAAUUGCCGAAAUAAAGCUAUGCAGAGUUAUGAUGGAGUGAAGAGUCACUUGAGAUGUGAUGGUAUUCUUCAAGGUUACACUAAGUGGGUUUGCCAUGGAGAGGAUUACAGUGAACCAUCAUUUGCAUUUGCUCAUGUAUUAGAUAACAGUGGCAAUCUUUCUAUUCCUGGCAUCCCAAGGAAUGUUGUUGGAGAAAGCAGCCAUGGAAGGUUGGAUGACAUGCCAGGACUCUUAAGUGCCGUCUUUGCUAUGGCUAACAGUUGUGAAUCUUUAUCAAGCACAUCUGAUGGUGAAUUAGAUGGCCUUGAAUUUGAGAAUAUGGAACCAAAUUCAGUUGAGGAUGAGAAUGCAGAUGCUCAAACAAGUAAGAAACCUGAUACAUAUGCAAGCUUCUUGGAGGAUGCAAACACAGAGUUAUACCCUGGAUGUAAUGCAUUUUCUAAGUUGUCAUUUCUCAUCACCUUGUAUCACAUGAAAUGCUUACAUGGAUGGACACAAGAAUCAUUUACAACGCUACUUGGUGUUUUGUCUGAUGCAUUUCCAGAGGCACAAAUACCAAAGAAGUACUAUGAGCUCGCGUUGGGUUACAGAUGA